AUGGCUGGACCUGCUGCCCCACUUCAGAACCCGUACCCUUACACUGGACCUCACAAUGACUACAUGGCUAAUGGUGAUUCCAUGAAUAUCACCCACACUGGUACUCUUCCCUUAACUCUAGGCUCGUCCCACUUUCGCUUCCCACAUGUCUAUCGCCUUCCCUCUCUCCAGAAAAAACUCCUUUCUGUUGCUCAGUUCUCAAAAGAUCAUCAUGGCCCCUGUGAAGAUGGUCUAUAUCCUGUUCCCCCAGCUUCUGUUUCCUCGUCCACUCCUCCUGUUGCCCUUGCCGUUCUUCACUCUACCACCUGGCAACAUCUGUCCUCUCCUGUACAGCCUUCUCCUUCAUGGGUUCCCGUGGACAUCCAGCCAGUGUCCACUCCAUUGCAGCCCAUGCUGCCCAGCCCACGCUCUUUGCCUUAUUCUCCUUCAUCGGCCCCUACUACUCUAUCGAAUCCCAUACCACCUAUGCCCUCCUCCACACUGCAUGGUGUGUCCUCGGCCUUUGCCGAGCCUCCCUCUCCACUCACAAGCUCACCGCCCUCUCUUGACACCUUCGACCCACCGUCCCCUCCGGUUGCCCCUCCAUCUCCCUCUCUGCAUCUGCUGCCGCCUCCCCCACCAACACAGUCGUUGCCUCCUUCCCAGUUGGUACCACCUGCAAUCCCUCGUCACUCCAUGACCACACGCUUGCGUGAUGGCAACACCAAACCUAAACACCACUCCGACGGCACCGUUCAAUAUCCCCUUCCCAAGGCUCUUCUCCACCAAAUCUCAAACCUCGAACCCACAUGCUUCACUUAG